GUUCCUUAGAAAAAAUGGAAGGGAGAACCUUUGUCGUGAUAUUCUUCUUCUGGGCUGCUCUCACAGUUAUCACCCCUACCCUUGUUCUCUGGUCAGAGUCCUCCAAACCCGAGUUGGAAUUUAAUGGUCAGAAAAGCGAGGGAAUAAAGGAUAGAAAAAUGAUUGGAUAUGCAGUGAAACAAGUAAGCAAUGCAACAAAAUCUUCGACUCAGUUGGCGGCAGCAGCCACAACUGAGACCCAGAAUUGGAGCUGGCUUCAGGAACUUGAAAGCUGUGUGAGCAAAGUUUUCCGAAAAGCAAUGGGACUGCUCAUCAGGGUCAGCUAAAUCCAAUGAUAAACCUUCCAAGAAAGUGUAGGUUUGCG